UCGUCAAUGGGCAGUCAGAAAAUUUCGACAGAGUAGUUUUACCUAGCUAACUAUUCGUUAGCUAUCCUAACGCGAACAGACUAAAAUUAUUGUCAACACUAGCAGCAGUGUUUACGCAGAGCAUCACAGACUGGCAUCAAAAAGUCGCAAACAUGAGCUAAAUUAGAUUUAUCUAGGUCGAAUUGGCCUUCCUCAGAAAAAGUCCGCAGUUCCUGCUAACGUUGGCCUAGCUAGCUUUUUCCACAGUUAGCGAUGCUUGCAGUGAAAUAGCUUCUUUGACUUAAUUUUGUGACCACGCUCGUGCUGAUCUAAUUUGCAUAUGCUGAAAUUAGCUGGCGAACUUUGAACCUUAGUUUAGCUUGUUAUGUUACUAUUUUGGUAAAAAGCUAGGCAGCUUAAGUUAGUUACCCCACGCUUCACUAGCUAAGUUGCUUCAGUGCUUGAGCUAGCUAGCUAGAUACUACUAAGUUAGUCAAGGCGCAUAUUUGACUAAAUUGGCUAAAUGCUGUUUCUUCACAAAUCAACAAAUCAUCUAACUUAUGCGCCUGGUGAUGUCACCGGUUUAAAUAUAGUUUAUUUAUUGAUUAGCAAGUUAGCGUAGACUACCUAAUGCCAGUGCAGUUUGCAAGCUUUCGAGUGUUCGGCGAGGUAAAUAAGCCAGCAAAGUUGCCCAGCUAACGCCAGUUUCAGUCGCAUAUUCAGAUCUUAACGUUAGUUAAAAUCAUUAACUGGCUGGGCUACUUACGGUACAUUUGAUAAUCAAGAAAGCUGACUAACUUGCCGGUGUUAGCCUUCGUAACGAAGAAUUACUUAAUCUAGGUUACACAGGUGUAUUGUAUUCCUUUGGCAACAAGUCAGUUACACAGCUAGCAAAUCAAUCGCACACAUAGGUAAACCACAAUGAAAUAUCCAAAAUGGUAUGUGCAUGAAGUUAACCUUAAUGCAUUUAUCCUUAUUCAAAAUGUAUUUGCUUUGCAGUAUCUAUAAUGGCACAGUGUGGUGGUGUAAACCUUGUGACUUGCAGCACCAGGCAGUGCUGAUGGCACAUGAUCCGGGCAGCUGAGAGAGAUUCUGAUGUGAAUAGAGAAGCCAGGCCUGUAAUAGCGUAGUGCUGCUGCGGCAGCGGGCUGGGCUAUUCCCUAGCUGCAUUGCGAGGCCUUUGUUAUUCUGUCAUGUAAUAAUCCACUUUAAAAUCAGUCAUCGUGUUCUUAAACCUUAAUCGGAGAGUGAAAAGUAACUGCCCUUGAAUAGUGUUUAAUACAAUUAAGUAUUGAACAAGUAAUUCUUAAUCGCAAUGUUUAAACUACGCCUUGUCAUAUUCAAUCAUCUCCAAGUAGCUAUUUAUUUUUGCACUUCCUGCUUAACUGAAGCGGAGCACAGGAGACAUGGCCAGUCUGUCAAGGUGGAUGUUGAAGAUUUCCACUGAACAGUAGAGGACCCAGCGUAUCCAGGAAGUGCCCAGUCGAGAGGCCAUGGCAUCGAAGUCAUCCCUGCUUAAAGUCAUCCUGCUGGGGGAUGGCGGCGUGGGGAAGAGCUCCCUCAUGAACCGCUACGUCACCAACAAGUUCGACACGCACCUCUUCCACACCAUCGGCGUGGAGUUCCUCAACAAGGACCUGGAGGUGGACGGCCACAUGGUGACCAUGCAGAUCUGGGACACGGCGGGCCAGGAGCGCUUCCGCAGCCUCAGGACUCCGUUCUACCGGGGCUCGGACUGCUGCCUGCUCACCUUCAGCGUGGACGACAGCCAGAGCUUCCUCAACCUGGCCAACUGGAAGAAGGAGUUCAUCUACUACGCCGACGUCAAGGAGCCCGAGAGCUUCCCCUUCGUGGUGCUGGGCAACAAGCUGGACGUGACGGAGCGGCAGGUGUCCUUGGAGGAGGCCCGGCAGUGGUGCCGGGACAACGGGGGCCACCCCUACUUCGAGACCAGCGCCAAGGAUGCCACCAACGUGGCGGCGGCCUUCGAGGAGGCGGUGCGGCGCGUUCUGGCCGCCGAGGACCGGGCGGAGCACCUCAUCCCCACGGACACGGUCAACCUGCACAGGAAGCCCCGCUCCAGCGCCUCCUGCUGUUGAUCGCCAGCGCCAACCUGCUGCUUUUGUUUUUUUUUUUGUUUUUUUUUUUAUCCAGCAUGUGACUGAGGCAUGGCCGCACCCACCAGGAAAGAUGGGGUCCGUUUGGAAGACGGGGCGUGGCUUAGAACACUAUGAGACAAUGGAGCCCGGAGUUUUUGACACACGUUAGAUUAGCUCUGAACUACAACUCCCAUCAGCCCCUUUGAGAAAAGCUGUGCGGUGCUUUGCCGGUUGAGUGUCCCUUUGAACUGUGCAUCAUGAGCACAGCCCAGCUCGGCCAGGCACCUUUGAGAACUUAGCGUUAAUUAGAAGCUCAUUUAUUACUGGAUAUAUGGGAUUAUAGAGUGGUGUGGAGGGUAGGCUUUUGAAGCUUUAGUGAAGUGGAACUUCCAGGUCAACAGUGUAGUAUUUAAUGUAUAAAAAUUGUCUUAACUCUCACAUAUUCUAAUAUAAAUAAUAACAUGGUAAUAGAGGUCUGGAGCUGUGUUUCCAAUGAUGACAUCAGGAUGUCAGAGAGAACCGCUUCCUGCUUUAUGUCACUAGCUCGAGACCGACAGGAAGAGGCACCUCUGUCGUGAUGGGUGUUCCCUCAGUGGUGGCAGACAUAAUUUGGACCUGUGCAAAAAUGAACCUCUGUUGCUUGUGUAGAUCACGUAAAAGAUGACAAAAGCAAUUCAAGGAUAUGUCAAUUUGGUAAAGAUCCUGAAAAAUAAUUAUUGCAAUGUUAAGCUCCGAAAUCACAUGCCUGUUGGGUUGUAUUAUACAUGUUAUCACAAUUGUAAAAAGGAAACAUUGUUGAUGUUGAUAUUUUUAACGAAACAACAAUCUGUUUACCUUAGAAUUGAAGGAUUACACAAUGGUGCCAAAUCUAACAGUGUCUAUAAUAAAUUUGUAACAUAGCUGUCAAUUAUAUUGACUGACAAAGUAAUUUAUACUGUCUUCCUAUUUUUGUCUGACCUCAGAUGUGUUGGACAAUUUCUAAUAAAAAAAAGCACUAGUGUUACUACUUUAUAGAACAGAGAUGCAUGUUGGACAGGAAAUGAUUGUUGACGGGAAUAUUAUUUGUAGGCAGAGCUGUUCAUGAACCUAGACUCCAUGUACUGAUUCAAGAUGAUAAAUAACCUUAACCAGCCAUGCAACAUGUGGUCUCUGGUUGGGAGGACAGACAUACAGUGUGUUUUUUUUGAAGUUUGCAAAAUAUCCUUUUUUCAACCACAAGAUGGAAGGGGAAAAUACAAGCGUUAAAGCCUGGCUGUUGUCAUGCAUGACCAAUUUUGUUGUUUACAUGACCACUAAUAAACUGCAAAGGAUGUUUUACUGCAAAAUAUAAA